GGAUACUCUUACCUGGGCAAGGCAGCCAGUGUGGAGGAACUGAGGGCCCUCUCUGGGAAGAAAUUCUUAUUGGAUCUUCAUCUCCCGGAGCUGCUGGUUUUCCCCCCGCAGACAGACUUCCACGACAACCUGCUAUACACUUCAGGACACAUAAUUCUGCAGGACAAGGCCAGCGGCCUCCCUGCCUUCCUGCUCCCCCCGGGUGCCGGCUCCCACGUCAUCGAUGCCUGCGCUGCCCCUGGCAACAAGACCAGCCACCUGGCUGCCAUCCUGAAGAACAAGGGCCAGAUCUUUGCCUUUGAUGUGGACACCAAGCGCCUGGCCACCAUGAACACCAUGCUCAUGCGGGCUGGGGUCACCGGCUUCCAGCUGGCCCAGCAGGACUUCCUGACUGUGGAUCCUGGAGACCCCAAGUACAGCAAAGUGACCUAUAUCCUCCUCGAUCCGUCCUGCAGCGGCUCAGGUAACGCGCUAGUGAACGCUUUCCCUUCCUGGCCCUGCCGAGGACUCGCCGCCUUCCCCGGGGCAGAGAGCUGCCUCCGUGCCUCUCCAGCAGACACGCUCACCCAGGGUUUCUUCGUGGCUGUCCUAGAGCGGCACGAGGAAGAGGCUGGCACAUGGCUCAGGCUGUUCACUCUUGUCUGCAGCUCCCUGCCUGUGGCAACUGAGAACGUGCAGCACAGAGAGGGAACUGAGCCAGGAGCAGCGCCCAAGAAGAGGAAGAGGAAAAAGCAGCGGGUGAAGGAGUGA